CCUACCGCGCGUCUGCGAGCCGCGGGGAUCGCGGGGCUCCUCGCUAAUCCUUCCGGCUGCCUCGAGCGCCGUGCACUCGCGUUCCGUCGCAGCGCGGGCCCGGCCCCAGGUGUACCCGGGUGCGCCGCUGAGGCGGCCGGCGCCCCGUGACACGCGCGUUACCCUCCCCAUGCUGCGGGCGAGGACACGGAGGCGCGCGGCGAUGAAGCGCCGUCCCGGGAGUUACACAGCUCGCGAGUAGCAGCCGCGCGCUUCUGCCUGGCAUGGGACUGCUCGGGACCGGCAUGGACAGUACGCGUUUACCUGUUGGUGGAGCCGCCGGCCAGGUCUGCGGAUCAGUUUUCUGUGUUAUUCUGAGCCAGUUCCUGCCCACACUGUUGCCUGAAGACCACCUUUCAGGACGUCUCGGGACUCGGUCGUCUCUGCUCUGGGGUCGAACUGGGGCUGCCCAGCCCUCGGGCUGAUUGCUUUGUCCAUCAGCAGAGGCUCCAGCGGGCCAACCCGGGCCUGAAAGCAAGCACCCGGAGAAGAGUAUUCCAGACCCUUCCGAACCUGCUUCCUUCUGACCGAGAUAAAUUCUUAAUGCUUAAGGCGGUAGAAAGAAAGGAGAAUUCUUGCUGAAUUCUUGCUGGAAGAGGCGGUGACAUGGUCCAAAAAAUUUCAGAUGGUUAGGGUCACAGGAGGUGCGUGUCGCUGGGAAGUUGGUCCCAUGAAAGCAGAUAGGUUUGGGGGGCUGCGGCCCUUAUGACCACUUGACUGGGGAGAACAAUGACUGGGUAGGAUGCAGUAUGGUUGUAGCAGUAAAGUGCUCCAAGUAGCUGAAGCAGGAGGUAGGAAGGAGGAAGAGAGGAAAGGACUUGCCACACCAUGGUGCAGGAGUCCUCCGUGGGAGCCUGAGCAAGGGAAUGGCUCGCAGCCUCUCUGAAAUCCGUUGGAGGGUUUGCCUUCCAGCGCGUCCUUCAAGACCAGGAAUAAGAGCUCCUCUGUCCCCGCUCUGAAGCAGCAGCUGCUGAAGGCAGCCUCACAGAUUCUCGGAGCAUCUGCUUUACAGCUCUGAAAGAAGCUUUGUGAGAAAAGACACGCAAGUCCUAGCUGUGCCGUUUUACCGUGUGGGACCAAAUUCUCAGAGAGAAAGCCAUUUUCGCCAGGCCAUCCUCCCACAGCUUCUGAAAGUUCACACCAUGUUUUCUAUACAUCAAGGCUUUAAGAUUGAGCUCUGAAUAGCCCUGUGUCUCCACCACCCAAGCCUUGUGUUAAAUCCUUUCCCAUCAGCUGGAAUCCCAGCAUGUGACUUGGACAUUGUCAUUCGGUCGGAGGAAGGACAGCUGAGGACGCUGGAUCUUCAGGCCCUGAAGAGGGAAGUGAGCGGAAAAUACCUGUCUGGGUGAGUGAUAUCAUGAAAAGACCAGCAAUUCGCUAUUUAGGAGACACAAGUUCCAGUCUAAGCUCUUGGAAUUCAGCGGAUGACUUAAGUUAGUCUGCUUGCUAUUUGUCAAGCAAGGAGCUGUGAACUGAGCCAAAGCAGCAACACCAAUCAGGCUAUUUCUGAAGAACCAGAGUUUUCAGGGUCAGCCAUGGAAAGUCUCAGAGGGAGUACUGCCCAAGGUCCUAUGAAUGAAGAGGCCUAUAAAGGUGAGGGCCGGUUAUCAAGGCAGACAAAAUGUCCUGCCCGGAAGACAUCUUUUGAGAAAACAUCGAUCAGGAACGUGUCGAUGACCCUUAAGGAAAUUUUUACUAGGGAGAGAGUUCCUGAAUCUAGUGAAUUUAGUCUAAGCUCUAAAGUUAAUACACAGCAGAACAUUCCAAAGGGAGCUAGAUACCCCAUAUCUAGGAAGAACUCCAAAGAUAAUUUGGACUUCAUUAAACACCAAAAAAUCUUCCCACAAAAGAAACCUUAUAAAUGCAAUGAAUGUGGGAAAGCCUUCGGUGAUCAAUCAGACCUUAUUGUCCACAGGAGAACUCAUGGUGGAGAAAAGCCUUUUGAAUGCAAUGAAUGUGGAAAGACUUUUCGCCGAAGUACACAUCUUACUGAGCAUCAGAGAACUCACACUGGAGAGAAGCCGUACGAAUGCAGCGAGUGUGGAAAAGCUUUUAGCCGGAGCACUCACCUGAGCCUUCACCAGAGGGUCCACACAGGAGAGAAGCCCUAUGAGUGUGGUGAGUGCGGGAAAGCCUUCAGCCGGAGCACGAACCUCAGCCAGCACCAGCGAACUCACACUCAGGAGAAACCUUACAAGUGUACCGAGUGUGGGAAAGCCUUCAGCGACCGCUCGACCAUAAUUCAGCAUCAACGAAUACACACCGGCGAGAAUCCCUAUGAGUGCAGUGAAUGCAGGAAGGCUUUCAGCUGGGUCUCCUCUCUCAUCGAGCACCAGAGAACACACACGGGCGAGAAGCCCUACGAAUGCGGCGACUGUGGGAAAGUGUUCAGUCGCAGCUCUUCCCUCGCUGAGCAUCAGAGGAGCCACACCGGGGAGAAGCCCCACGAGUGCGGAGAAUGUGGGAAGGGCUUCGGGCGGAGCUCGUCGCUUAUCAUUCACCAGAGAACUCACACCGGAGAGAAGCCGUACAAGUGUAAUGACUGUGGGAAAGCCUUCAGCCAGAGUUCAACCCUCAUCCGACACCAGCGACUUCACGCUAAAGAGUAACAGUCGAGCUUUUUCCUUAAUGUGCACGUAAGAGCACACAGCACUCGCAUCCUGUUGCUGCAAGGAGAAACAGAUUCGUCUGUAGAGUUUUCUUCUCUACUAGCUAGCUGUAAGCCAGUGUCAAGGUAGCCUUCCUUCCGUUUUGUAAACUAGAUGCUGCAGUGAGUGAUUAGUACAAGGGGGUGAGUCUAGGAACCGAACAUACUCCCUCUCCUCCCCGAAGGACUCCCCUUAGAGUGUAGACCUGACAUCUUGUAUCUGCUCACCUGUCUGUUCCCUGGGGCUCCGAUCCCUGCGCAGUCAGUGGACCAUGUUCCCCGACCACAGAAGACCCUUUACUUUGAGAGGAAGCCCUGAGUGACAGAGUGUGAGUGUGUGUGAGUGUGACGCUGGCUCCAGUACCAGAAGACAAGGAGCUGGCUUCAGAAAAGGACAAAAAUCUUCCCACCAGUUUGCUGAUAAUGGUGUUGAGGCAAAUCCAGUUUCUGAUUUUAUACAAACAGAUUUUUCUGUUAAACCUUUUUGUUGUAGCGUGUUUUCUUCAAAGUAUAAACUAUGUGCCUAACUAAUCCUAGUAUUUUUUUAUAUAUCCUCAUCAAGAAUGACCUAAAACUUACAUUGAGUUCUUCUAUGAUUAAAAAAAAAUUGCUUCCCUAGUUUUUAAUUUUCUUCUGUUGGAGGGUUCAUGAAACUUACACCCUCUGGCCCUAACUCUCACCAUUCCUAUAUUGUAAGCUCAUCUCUCAAGGACAAAUUCCGUGACUGUUUCUUAGUCUUUUUUCCCACUUGACAUUUGCAGAAUUGACUCUUUGGCCACUCUUAUGCCUUAAAACUUGAGCUUCUUCUGGCAUCCCCAAUUCUGUGCUGAUCCACACUUUUCCUACCUCAUGGCACUCUCUGAUUAACAGUGAUCAGCUGUAUAACUUUGGGCAAGAGUUAAACUGGAGUGAUCUCAUUUUAUUGGGCUGUAAUACUUGAGGUCGCUCAAUUAGAUUGUAAACUUCCUGAAGACAAGUUCUUUUAGAUCCCUGUGAAACAUGCAAAGUGCAGAAUGGUCACUAAAUGCCCUGUAAUUGCUGCCUACUUUAUCCCAGGUAAAUGGCCUGCUAGAUUUCAUCUGAAAUGGUUUACGAGUUGAUUUCUUGCCCUAUUCCUAAUGCUGCUGCUCGGUGCUCGGUAGUCGGGGCUCAGAUUAUGAGAGUCAGCAGGGCUUCCCUCGUCUCCCUGCCUUUAGCAGCCGACUAAACGACCGUCUUGUCCAAAGAGUUCACGGUUCCCAGGACAAAGAUCAAACUCUCUCACUCCAGGGCCUUCCACACUUAGGUCUAUUUACUUAUUUUCCAUUACUCUCCAGUACCUGCAGCGAGGCCUGUCCUCGGUGUCUGUUAUACCCUCUUCUCACACUUGGCUUCUUUCCACACGGUGUGUGGCCCGCUUUUACAUGUCCGGCAUUCCCCCCGUGUCUCCAGAAAUCUCAUCCGCACGUUAUGAAAGGCCUUGCUCAGGUCCUGCCUCCUCUGACACCUGGGGUCUCCCACCUUAGAAUUCCUGUGCAGUGGUGGUUUGCCUUGAUUUUCCUGCAUUACAAAUGUUCCUGUUCUGUUUUCUGAUUCGCUCAGGUGCUUUUUCCCAUAAGCUUUUGAAGUUAGACAUUACCUUAAAUCUCUCAGAAGCCCCAUCUAAUGCGUGGUAUAAUGCAGGUCUAGACUCCAGUUUUAAUCUAAACAGGGAGGGUUUAAUUGAAUCGUGUAAUCUCUUAGGCUUUUGAAUGGAGGAAGAGCCUCAUAAAUAUUUAUGUAAAUUCACUCUUGGGACUAAUUCUCCAUUUGAGCUCCUGGGAUGCUGGCCUCUUGGCUUUCCAUUUAAUGAGACCGUUGUAAGGAAUAAGUGCGUUUAUUCGUGUAAAGUGAUGAAAACAGUGCCUGACCUAAAGUGAGUGCUCAGGAAAUGCUCAUUCUAAUGACUCUGCUGCACAUCAGCCCACAGCCUUUCAUUUCCUCCCCUGCAGGGUCUGUAAGUCCAUUACCAGCAGUGGAAAACUAGGGUUACCAUCCAUUAGGUUAGAAGAUGUUUAUGCUAACUGUGGCAACAGGCGAUAGCCAUCCAUCUGUAUGUCUGGCACAUAUCAUGUGUCAAAGGGACUCAAGAUAGCUUACAAGAUAGGAUAAAAUGGAAAACCAAAACACAUAAGAAUCAGCAUUCGGUGGCGCCUGGGUGGCUUGGUUGGUGAAGCAUCUGCCUUCUACUCAGGUCAUGAUCUCAGGGUCCUGGGAACGAGCCCCGAGUCAGGCUCCCUGCUCAGUGGGGAGUCUGCUCCCUCUCCCUCUGCCCUUCCCCUGCUUGUGUGCGCUCUCUCUCUCUCUCUCUCUCAGAUAAAUAAAUCAAUAAAAUCUUUUUAAAAAGUCAGCAUUAGAGAAAGGGGAUAGACCAGAAGACCAACAUGAGGACAAGUAUGGUAUGCUGUAGUUACCCAGAUAGAGGUGUAAACUGAGCAUUCUGGUAACCGAAGGGGGAUGGUCAUUUGGUUACUUUGUAUUUGGAAAGAAAAAAAAAUGCCCAUUCUUCAAGGAAAGCUUUCUUUUCUUUUUUUUGAAUACUCAACUGUGGUCAUCUCUUCUCUUGUUUAUGCCUUUUUUAAUUCUUUGCCAUCAUUGUGAUGAAGUGUCCAGAGAAAGCAGAGAUAAGCACAGGGUUCAUUCUCCAUUUUCAACCUCUCAGCUCCGUCCCCCAACUAAUCCCCCCACUCCCCAGCCCCACAUGACAGCCUGACCUUUGAUGUGGCCUUCCCUGCCCCUUCUCCACCAGCCACCUCCUGCAACCACCCUGUACACCCAAACCCAGGGCCUCUCUCUGCUCCUCACUGGCACCUUAGCCGCCCCAGAGAGGGACAGUGAUAGAUGGGCAGGUGGACUUCAAGUUCUUUCUACUCAGGUUCUGAGUCAGGGGUAUCCCAGGCACACUGUGCUCUUUCCUGACUGGGCCUUUGCAGAUGCUGUUCCCUCUCUCUGUUUCUCUGAAACCCCUUCAGCCCCAGCCCUGCCUCCUGGCAUGUCUCCCUAGUGGGGGUUUCUACUGGUCUGCAGGCUGGGACCCCUCUCCUGGGAAGCCCUAAGAGGUACAGACAGAGCUGGUGUUCUCUAUCCAGUUCAGCCAUCACAGCCAGGAUCUUAUCGCAGUCUACGAACAUCUGCAUAAUGGGUGUGGCACCCGUCCCCCUCGCCAGUCUCCCCUGACCUCCCCAAAGCUGCAGCAGGGCAAGAAGUCAUCCUUGCCGUGUUGCAUGAUAAAGCAAGGAGUUCUUUUCUUCCCAAGUUGGCUCAGCCCUGGGAAGGCACUGAGGCCAGACGGAUCCUCUAACAUUCUAAUGACCACACUACACCCAGCUUAAAACCCAUUCAUGGCUACUCAGUGCUGCUGGCCUGCCUGGCCCAUGCUGCUUCCGUGGGACCAAGUCUCUGCUCCCUGCCCCCACCUCAUUUUUCUUCCGAGAGAGCCUUAGUCCUCCCCGUCUGCUGGCUAACUGCUGGGAGCCCUUUCUCUCCCUGCACAGCCAGCCUCUUCAUAGAUCUUGUCCAAAAGCUUUCCUAAUACUUAGAUUUAAGAUGAAUGAUGAAUUUUUUCAUUUGUCUGCAUGUAAUCUUACAAUGCAUUUGAUAGCAAAAAUUAAAGAAUAAUGUAUUCUCCACAACAUCUAGCAUAUGUAGGUUCUCCAGUGAACAAAUAUUUAGUUCAUAGCGGACAGCUCAGAAAGGAAGGGGUGAAGAUUGUUCUUGGCGUGGAGUGGGGUCUGAAGGAGCAGGGCAUAGAGUAGAUAACUGCGUGAUAACUGGGUGCUGUAAGAAAAGCUCUUUUCACUCACUUAGUCAUUUAAUUUCUAUCUCAUGGGAUGAAAAAGCUGGUGUUUUGGAUGUGAAAUAACUUACAAAAUAUCACAUUUGACCCCAGUUCUGCUGACCAGUAUUGGACCUCUUAGGAUUCUAUUUAUUUGAGAGAGGGAGUACAAGAAGGGGGAGGGUCAGAGGGAGAAGCAGACUCCCCAUUGAGCAGGAAGCCUGCUGUGGGACUUGAUCCCAGGGCUCCAGGAUCAUGAUCUGAGGUGAAGGCAGCUGCUUAACCAACUGAGCCCUCCAGGUACCCCGUACUGGACCUCUUAGGGCGGACCGUGGCAAGGUCUGGAAAAGAAAGACCGUGAGUAAAGGUGGAGAGGAGGGAAAAAGUCCUGUUGUUCCAGUACGUUAACUGGACUGUGGCCGGGAGUUCAGUGAAGUCAAGAAUGAGAAGGCGGACUCGGAAUUGGGUUAACUUGGGGAUGGCCACCUCCAGUCCAAGAUCGUGUUUGGGGUUAACAAGGGAGUCACAGGAGGUGGCGGAUGAUGGUGAUUAAGUGUGGUUUCAGGGAGAGAGAGUAAUCUGGGAGAGGAGUCAGGACGGCUUGGAGACGAGAGAGAGAGAGAGAGAGAGAGAGAGAGAGAGAGAAGGCAGAAGCCAGGUGAGAAGCUGGUCUUAGGAUGGGGGUAUUGGGAAUCGAAGAGCCGCGGGUGGAUGAAGAAGUGGUGCCCAGAUUCGGGCAAGGGAGGGGAGGGCCAGAGGCUACAUUCCUUAAUUGCUGUGGUUAAUUCUCCUGUGAGUGACCUGCACCAUCAGGGAGGAGCUUCGGAUAUGCUCUCAGGGGGUAACACAAAUGUCCACUGAUAAGAUUAUCUUGCGUCUUCUCAGUCACUGUGGCCCCAGAAGCGUUUGGAUUUCCCCUGGGAAAGUCGAG